AUGUCGAUCAAUAACGCGGAUUCUAGAGUAACGCGGAUUCCAGACUAUUCCUCCGUGGUCUACUUUAUCCAGCGUUGGAAACCCGCUCCUACACACACACACACCCACUACCGCUCUCCGCAAUUCAGCCAGACUGCAGUUGCAGCAACAGCAAGGAUGGCUGGUGGAGUCGGGGAGGCGCUCGUGUCCGCCGUGCUGAAGGAGGUGCUGGGAAAGCUUGGCUCCGCCGUCGGGGAACAGAUCGUGAUGCGAUGGAACCUGAAGCAAGAUCUGGAGAGCAUCAAGAGCACCCUGGGUAUGCUUCAAGCGGUGCUCAGGGAUGCCGAGAGGCGCUCCGUGAGUGACGAAGGCGCCAGCCUCUGGCUGAAGAGGCUCAAGAACGCGGCCUACGACAUCUCCGACAUGCUCGAUGAAUUCGAAGCCAAGUUAUCGGAGACAACAUUCUCUAGCUCGGUGGCCAAGUUAUUUAUGGGCAAAAGGUUGAAGAAUAUGAGGGUAAGGUUAACAGAGAUAGCAGCAGAACGAACACACUAUGGAUUCACUCUAGAUACCUACCCUAGGGAUCUGGAACGGGAAGAGAUCAGCAAGAGGGAAACAACAUCAAAGAUCAAUAAGUCAGCUGUUGUUGGAAGAAACAAAGAGAAGGAGGAAAUAUUAGCAUUGUUAGAAUCGGACAACAUUGAAAAUUUGCUGGUAAUUCCAAUUUUUGGAUUUGGAGGUAUUGGUAAGACCACACUAGCUAAAUUGGUUUUCAAUGAUGAUCGAACACAAACUUUUGAUUUGCGUGUAUGGAUUUAUGUAUCUCCAAAUUUUGAUUUAAAAACGAUUGGCAGAAGUAUAAUUUCACAAAUCAAAGGACAGAGUGACUGUUUAGAUGAUCUACAGUCAAUAAGUAACUGUCUUGAAGAGAUAUUGGAUGGUAAAAGUUGCCUGAUUAUUUUGGAUGAUUUAUGGGAGAACAGCUGUUUCCAGUUGGGUGAGUUAACAUUGAUGCUAAGCAGCUUUAAGGCAGAAAGCAGGCUUAGGAUCGUUGUCACAACACGGAAUGAAGAAGUUGCAAGGAAGAUAUGUACAGUUGCACCAUACAAGCUGAAGCCAUUGUCUGAUGACCAUUGCUGGACAUUGUUUAGGCAGAGUGCUAUCCUGUCUAGUUGUACUUUUCAAGGAGGUGAUAAAAAUGUGUUGGAAGAGAUAGGAUGGGAGAUUUCAAAGAAGUGCAAAGGAGUUCCAUUGGCAGCCCAGUCUCUCGGAUUCAUCUUGCGCACCAAAGAUGUUGAAGAAUGGAAAAAUGUGAGAGAUAGUGAUGUAUGGGAUGGAUCAUCUCCAGAAGAUGUUGUGCUGCCAUCGCUGAAGCUUAGUUAUUACCAGAUGCCUCCUUAUUUGAAGAUUUGCUUUUCUUAUUGUUCAACAUUUCCUAAAGGUUGUGAGAUUUAUAGUGAUGAUCUAAUUCAACAGUGGAUAUCGCUUGGUUUCAUUCAAGAAAGACCUAAUAAGCACAUAUCGCUUGAAAAGAUAGGAGAACAGUAUGUAAGCGAGCUAUUGGGAAUGUCCUUUCUUCAAUAUUCAAGUCUUGUCCCUGGUGUACUUUCAGGGUCAUCCUGGACUAAUUUAAACAUUUCAAUGUACGAAUUUUAGAUUACACGGGACUACGGGAGGAUGCUAAGUGUUCUAUGGUACUCAGCAUGCAUGAUUUGAUGCAUGAUCUUGCUAGAU